CAGCUGAACGUGUCGUACUGGGAAUACUGUUCGUGUUCUCAUCAGCGCUGAGAAGCUGAGAUCAGUCUUAUCUUCACCUCUCAAUGCGCAGGCGUGAUCCCAUCUGAGUCGCGCAACAAAAAAAGAAAAGCUGUGUUUCCAUCUGAACCGGACGUCGUGCGCGCUGCUCUCCAUGUGGCACUCGAGCGGACGCUCAGCUCUGGAUAUACUCGCUGAUUCGGACGCAGAGAUGAACGAUUCCCCGCUCGCCAAUGUCCAGGAACAACACCAGCCAACCUGUGGAUAGUGUGGCGCGAUCGGGGACCGAGUCUCGCUUCGUCCUGCGCGUCUUUUGGCUGCGCGUCCGCGUUCGAGCCCCGCGCCGCGAGCAGGUGUUCAGCUUAUGAAUGGCACUGACAUGGAGGAAAUACCGUUUCAGAAAGUCAAAACCAGGCGGAAGAGAAGUCACUGCCCCCCGGGCGUCCCGCUGACCACCAUCGUGUGCGAGGACGAGUUCGACUGUAAGGAGCUGGAGUCUCUGUUCCAGAACUACAACCUGAAGCUGGAGCAGACAUCCACCCUGAAGGCUCUGGCUGUGCUCAUCUUCAUGUCGUCCACGCUGGCGGUGCUGGAGCUGCUGUCCGGACCCUCGCUCACCAUCUCCAAAGGCUCCCACCCGGUCCACUGUGUCAUCUUCGUGUCCCUCUUCAUCGUCACCAACGUCAAGUACCUGCAGGUGACUCAGCUGCAGCAGAUCGUCAACCUGACCCUUCUCUUUGGCUUCACCUUCUCCUUCCUCUGCUGUCCGUUCCCCCUGGGAGCGAUGGGAAUGGAAGCCCCGAGCUCCCCCGAGCAGGGCAUGUGGCAGCUGAUCCUGGUCACCUUCGUCGCCUACGCUCUGCUCCCCGUGCGGACUCUCCUGGCGGUUCUGUUCGGAAUAGUGCUCAGCAUAUCGCAUCUGAUAGUGACCGCAACUUCUGUCACCGUCAAGACUCAGAAACUGUGGAGAACUUUGGUUGCCAACACGGUUCUGUUUACCAGUGUCAACCUGUCUGGGCUGUUUGUGCGCAUCCUGACAGAGCGAGCCCAGAGGAAAGCCUUCCUGCAGGCUCGCAACUGCAUCGAGGAGCGUCUCCGCAUGGAGGAUGAGAAUGAGAAACAGGAGCGUCUCCUAAUGAGCCUGCUCCCCAGGAACGUAGCCAUGGAGAUGAAAGAGGACUUCCUGAAGCCACCCGAACGAAUCUUCCACAAAAUCUACAUCCAGCGACAUGACAACGUCAGCAUCCUCUUUGCAGAUAUCGUGGGCUUCACCAGCCUGGCCUCUCAGUGCACGGCGCAGGAGCUGGUUAAACUGCUGAAUGAGCUCUUUGGGAAGUUUGAUGAGCUGGCCACGGAGAACCACUGUCGCAGGAUCAAAAUUCUGGGUGACUGUUACUACUGCGUGUCUGGACUGACUCAACCCAAGACCGACCACGCCCAUUGCUGUGUGGAGAUGGGUCUGGACAUGAUUGACACCAUCACCUCGGUCGCUGAGGCGACAGAAGUCAACCUCAACAUGCGGGUGGGCUUACACACAGGCCGGGUGCUGUGUGGCGUUCUGGGCCUCAGGAAGUGGCAGUACGAUGUUUGGUCCAAUGACGUGACCCUGGCUAACGUGAUGGAGGCGGGAGGACUUCCUGGCAAAGUCCACAUCACCAGAUCAACACUGGAGUGCCUGAACGGAGAUUACGAAGUGGAGCCUGGAAACGGACACGAACGAAAUGCCUUCCUCCAAAAACAUGACAUAGAAACUUUCUUUAUUGUGCCAUCUCACCGACGGAAGAUAUUCCCUGGAUUGAUUCUUUCGGAUAUAAAGCCAGCCAAAAAGAUGAAGUUCAAAACCGUGUGCUACUUACUGGUGCAGCUUAUGCACUGCAGGAAGAUGUUCAAGGCUGAGAUUCCCUUCUCCAACGUGAUGAACUGCGAGGACGGCGAUAAGCGGAGGGCGAUGAGGACGGCGCCGCAAAAGCUGAGGAACCGUCCCAACGCCAACCAGGCCAACCUCAUUCAAAGCAGCCCCAGAACGCGGGUCAACCGCUACAUCGGCCGGCUGAUCGAGGCGCGGCAGACCGAGUCCGACACAGCUGACCUCAACUUCCUCACACUCAUGUACAAGUGCUCUGAGCGCGAGCAGAGGUACCACCAAGUUCCAGAUGAGUACUUCAUCAGCGCCGUGGUCCUCUCCCUGAUCCUCGCUGCGUUGUGUGGCCUUGUUUAUCUGCUAAUAAUACCACAGGGGAUGGUGGUGCUAGUCCUUCUCGUCUUCUGCAUCUGUUUCCUUGUAGCUUGCAUCAUGUACCUGCAUAUUACAAGAAUACAGUGCUUUCCUGGGUGCUUGACCAUCCAGAUCCGCACGGCACUCUGCAUCCUUAUCGUUCUCUUAAUCUACGCUGUGGCGCAGGCCUGUGUGGUGGGCUGCAUGCCAUGGUUGUGGAAAAGUGCCAACGCCAACAGCUCCAUUGUCAUCAUCGACGUGGGCAGCGGCUCCAACCGCACCAUGACGGAGCUGCCUUGCGACGGUGCCCGAUACGCCUUCCUGUCCUGUGUGGUGGGAACUCUCACCCUGGCGCUGUUUCUGCGUGUCUCCUGGCUGCCCAAAAUGGCGCUGAUGCUCCUCCUGGGGGUGCUGUACGUGACCGUGCUGGAGCUCAGUGGCUUUCGCAAAACCGCCGGUGGGGGGUCCUUCCACAUCCGAGGCUACGAGCCCAUCCUGUCUCUGUUGCUCUUUGUCAGUGCGCUGGCCCUCCACUCCCGACAGCUCGACCUCAAGCUGCGUCUGGACUUCCUAUGGGCUGUGCAGGCGGAAGAGGAGCGUGAUGGGAUGGAAAAAGUCAAACUGGAUAACAGGAGGAUCCUCUUCAACCUUCUGCCGGCACAUGUGGCGCAGCACUUCCUCAUGUCCAACCCCAGAAACAUGGAUCUCUACUACCAAUCUUACGCACAAGUGGGCGUCCUCUUCGCCUCCAUCCCAAAUUUCAACGACUUCUACAUCGAGCUGGACGGCAACAACAUGGGCGUGGAGUGCCUGAGGCUGCUCAAUGAGAUUAUUGCCGACUUCGAUGAGCUCAUGGAUAAAGAAUGCUACAAAGACAUUGAGAAAAUCAAAACCAUCGGCAGCACUUACAUGGCAGCUGUGGGGCUCGUCCCCACCAUCGGCACCAAGGCCAAGAAAACCGUGUACGACCACCUGAGCACCAUAGCGGACUACGCUAUCGAGAUGUUCGACGUUUUGGAUGAGAUCAACUACCAGUCCUACAAUGAGUUUGUCUUGAGAGUGGGGAUCAACGUGGGUCCGGUUGUGGCCGGGGUCAUCGGUGCUCGCCGGCCUCAGUAUGACAUUUGGGGCAACACGGUCAACGUGGCCAGUCGGAUGGACAGCACAGGAGUUCCAGGAAAGAUCCAGGUGACUGAAGAAGUUUACCGCCUGCUGAAUUCCAACUACGACCUGGUGUGCCGGGGCAAAGUGAGCGUCAAGGGCAAAGGUGAGAUGCUGACCUACUUCCUGGAAGGUAAAGUCCAGGCCAUCGGCACGGUGACCACCGCGUCGGUGAUCCGAUCCGCCAGCCUGGCGCGAAGAAUCCACUCCUGCGGGAAGACCAGCGUCCCGGCUCACCUGGGCAGCGUCUCCUCGGCCACCAGCAUCAGCAACAUUCAGACGAACACUUCCAGCGUCGGCAACAGCCAAGCGGCGUGCCUGACCACUUCCUGUGUGCCUACGGUCGGUGAGGAGGAAGAGGAGAUGGAAGCUACCGACGUGACGGGGAUCCAGAUUAAAGCUGUGGCGGAGAUCGCCGUCUAACCUUGGAAAACAAAAAGAGGCUGAAACAAGGAUCAGGGUAUUUUUCAAAAUCAGGAUAUGAACUUUAAAUCCAGACAAUCAGACAUUUUCUGAGGGAGUUUAUCAGCUUCUCUGGAACUUCAGGAAGAAGGGAAAUCACUCUUGGUUCUUCUUUCACUUCGUGCUCCCUUUAAACCUUUUGAAAAAAUACAUGUAAACACUAAAUAUGACCCACGGCGUUGUGUUUCUGCUACAGUCUCCUGAGAGGAAACUCAUUUUUAAACCAGAAAAGUCUCCAUUUUCCACUUUUUCUCUUUAAUGAAAGAGACGUGACAAAAAAUGAUCAUGAAUCACAAGGAAAGAGAAGUGAAGCCCUAUUUUAAGCACAACUAAAUUUGUAAAAAAUAUAUAUUUGGUUACCGUAAUCUGCAUUUACACAGAGAGGUCGGCAUUUUUAUCAAAUUAUUCUGUGCGUUGGUGUCCCAAAAGACAAAGGUGCUCAGAAAGAGAGAAAUUCUAGAAAUUAUUGUCUUUAAAUUGUACAGAAGCAGAGAAACUGGAAAAUGUGACUUGAAAAAACUGACUCCAAAAACAAAUAGACAAAUGACAAUCACAAAAACUGGACAACAGUUGCAAAAGGUGAAUCAAAAUUACCGAAACAAAAGCGAAAACAGAGAAACAGAAUUGCACUUUUGAUAAUUGGGCUUUUGUUUCUGCAGUUGUGUUUCUGUUUUUUUGUGAUUCCGGCGAUCGACUCUCACUGGAACUCAAAUAAAUGCCCCCUCCAAUACCAAGAUACAUGUGGGCAGAGUUUUUGUGACAGAGAGAGUCACUUUUUUUCUUAAGAAUUUAAGAAGAAAAAAAAUGUGGCCCAGCAAAAAGGGCACUUUUCUCCUGAGCCUGAGCACCAGUAGUGGAGGGUUUCUGCCAGGAUUUUUUGAAACUGUACGUUUGAUCACGUGAGAUUUCAUCUUUUAAAAGAGACAUAUUUUUCUGAAGCUGUGGUGGCUCUUAUUUAAGGCCCAUUGAUGCUCCCUUUGCGUACGAUGUUGCCAUCACUGCUCACAUGCUUCCAUGCGUUUGUUGUGUUGGUAUUGCUGUUCACCAAUAUAUCCACCAGGGGGAGCAGCUCAGAGUCAAAAGUUUAUGACGAGAAGCUCCAAAACAAACAUGGCGACUGUGGAAGAAGCAUUGAUAACGUACCUCUAGCACUAAAGACGAAACAGAGGCAGUGUUGUAGGAGGCGUUGGUCGGUGCGGCCGUUGAAUAUAACGCGACAGAGAAUUUCCGCCAUUGUUAUGUCUUCUUCGUGUCUCAAUAGAGCUACGUAUCGGGUGGUAACAGCAACGCUGCCCUCCACAGUUUCCAGUGGUAUUGCUCAAUUUGGUCUAUAAGCUUUGUGGAACCGUGCAGACAAAAUGAACAGUGAGCGCGGACAGAAGGACCCGUCCGGAUCCACAUGUAACGUUGGGCAUAAAUGGGCCUUUAAGCCGUGGUGGUGUGCCAGGACCGUUUCCAUGUAGCGGAAACCCUGACAUAUAUAUAGAAGAUUUGAUGCGACGGAGCACGCAAUGUGGAAAAACUCUUCUUUGUCGUGACACAUGAGCUUGCUUGUUAGAAUCAACAAAAUAUGUUUACAUCUUUUUUUGAAAUAUACCUAUUUAAUAUACCUCUGUUAAAAGAGCUUUAACUGUUGCAGUACAUUAUGGGAUUAGUGCGGGGGGAGGGUUUUUUUCAUUGCUCUUUAAGGGCCACAAUACUCGAGGAAACCUGAGGACACAGUCAGGUCUCACUAGUGAGGCAACCCCCUUGCAGCAACAUGAUUUGGUGAACUAAAACAGGGCACCUUUCUCCGCUCUCAGGAAUGUAGCAGAAACACAGCGCUGGUCCGAUUCCCACGUCGGACGGACGCAGCACGUGCAUUCACUACGGGAGACUCUCUUGCUUUUGCUUUUGCACUGUUUCUGAAGAUGCCAAGGAUACAUCGUCGCAUUAUUUACAGUGUUCACUUGUGUUUCUCUACAGUGUGUAUCAGCAUGUGUGUAUUCAAACCCCGUGAGUGUGUGUGCAUGCCAUCACACACUCGCUGUAGGGGAAAAGCACAACCUCCUUUUCUAACCCUCGGCGCUCACUGGAUGGACAUAAAGUUAACAUUGCAUGACUUUUAAGAGGUGACAGCCAUAAUAACAAAAACCAAAGUAAUGAGCUUUCCAUAGCUUUUGAGUUUUAUUGCUUCGCCGUAUAAUAUAAUUGACACGUGCGAGUGCUGAAAAAAAAACAAAAAAACGCGGUGUUGGUGAUUGGAAUUGUUGCGUAACAAAGGUGGAUGGUUUGAAUUGUUUCGGACUCAGGAGCUUCAGGGGGGGCGGCACAUUAGAGCUCAAGCACACACCAGAAGCACGUCAGCUCACUCUCACGUUCACGUCCAGUGGCCAUGGUCUGCUUCAGUUGUCCAUCAGUUAUGCUAGUAUAUACUUAUUCGCACAAUCCUCCAGUCUUCUAAUAGCCUGACUCAGCAUAUUAUUACACCACCAAUGUGUAUAUAUAUGAUGUUUUGUUUUUGCCUUAUCUGCUUACAGUGAUUUGCAACCUGCCUUUUUCUUUUUUUUUUUAGAAUGAUUUGAUUUCAUACGCAGAUUUGUUGUUUGUUUUUGUAAAAAGCUGUAAACUAUGUUGUAUCUUGUACAGUGUAAAGUUGGUUUUAUUGAAUACUUUGUAAUAAAGACAAUAUUGGUGUAUAAAAUAUGGUGUA